AUGAGGCCAGCCCUGCGUCUCCUUGCCGCCGUCAAGCCCGUCGGGCGCGUCCUCGAACCCGGCGCUCCCACCGGCCUUUGCGGCCUGCUCACCCACCCUGCGCCGCGCUCGACCCUCGUCUACCUGUACAGCAGGACCCUCGACAAGCUCAAGCAGUUCCCCGAGUCGUCCGUCUACCGCCAGUCUACCGAGGCUCUGACCCGCCACCGCCUGAGCAUCAUUGAGCGCAUUGAGCCUGCCGGCCUCAAGGAGUGGGAGGAGCGCGUCCAGAAGCAGGUCGAGGCGAAUCCGGACGCCUUCGAGAAGCACGGUGUUGCUGUCAGGCGGACUGCCGACGGCAGGGCUUUUAUCGUCGUCCGCCAGAAGGGCGAGGUCGACGAACGUGAGGAGGAAUGGGACGGCGAGAUUACCAGCGACCCCGAGCCCGAGGGUGUCCGCUCGUCCGCUGAGAGGCUGGGUCAGAAGGAAGCAUUUGGCCAUGGCAGACCCGACAAUCUUGAGAAGGCGCAGGAUUUCGAGAUUGAAAAGGAGCCCAGCUUGACCUUUGAGCAGAUUUCCACUGCUGAGAAGGAGAUUGGCGCUGGUUUGAUCGAGGAGGUCAUCCAGGUUGCUGAGGGCGAGCUCAGGCUUGCUCGCGAGAUGCUGGAGAACAAGGUGUGGGAAGAGCUAUGCGAGAAGCCCGCGGAGGGUCAAUGGUCUUACUUCGAGAGGAAGCAGUAA